UGCCCAGGAAAAACACCUGGUCCUCUGCUCAAGGUACUGCAGCCUCAUUUCCCUAGCAGGCGGACUUCCUCCUACGGGGGAAUCCCUGACUGGGAGGAGCAGGAGCCCUUCCUCUUGGCAGCCCCGGACCUUCAGCAGUUCAGCAGGUGCUGGCACAUGCCCUGACUGGGAGAUGGGGUAGGAGCUGGCCUGGAGAGGGGCUUGGAGCUGUAGGAAGAACCCCAGGGGAUAGGUACAUGGGAAUCUGGACCCCUUGGUCCUGGGAGAAGUUUUGCAGUGGCUGGGGGGCUUGGGGCUAUUUUUGUUUGUUUGUUUCUUUGUCCAUAAAGCCUUAUGUAAGAGCUCUUCUUGGGAAACAGGAAGUUCUGCUUGCCAAGUUCAGCACAGGGAGUAGUGCAGGCCUCGUUCCAACACACCCGGCCCAGCCUUAACCCCAGCACCCGGCCAGUUUCUUGUCCCUAGUUCUGUACCCUACCGACCCCUAUACCCUUUUCAUCACCUUAAAUCACCCCUGGCAAACCUCUUCAGAGUUCUCUCCCAUGCCUGAGUCAGUCUUCCACUCUCAACCCCAAACUUCAACAGUGCCCAGCUUGUACCCCAUCACUGCUCCUGGCACCAUGCCCCAUAACCAGCCGACCUUCCCUCCCCCAACUCAGGGGCCGCCCCUGGACUGAAUGCUGGCCGCUCCUUCUGGGUGUCACUGGCAGCCCUGUCCUUCUUAGACAAUUGACACCAAAUUCUCCUGAGGCUGGGGGUGUCAGAGUAACACUAGCUCCACAGUGGGGUACUAGGGGCAUUGCUAGCUUGCUUUCUUCCUCCCUCUUUUUUAUUCUCAAGUUCCUUUUUAUUUCUCCCUUGCGUAACACCCUCUUCCCUUUCAUACCACUGCCUGUACCCCCACCUUCUCUGCUACCUCCUAGCCACCCCGUUCCUGCGACCACAGCUGUUGGCAGGGUCCCUAGCUCAUGCCAGCCUCAUCUCCAGGCAACAUGGGGGGCUCAGCCUCAAUUGCUCUUUGGUUGAGUUGGGGGGCAGCUCUGGGGGCUGUGGCUUGUGCCAUCGCGCUACUGAUCCAACAAACAGAGCUGCAAUGCCUAAGGAGGGAGGUGAGCCGGCUACAGAGGAGCGGAGGGCAUUUCCGGAAAGGGGGAGAGUCUCUGUGGCAGAGCCUUGGGGAGCAGAGCCCUGAUGCCCUGGAAGCCUGGGAGGAUGGGGCGAGAUCUCGGAGAAGGAGAGCACUCACCCAGAAGUGGAAGAAGAAGCACUCAGUUCUGCACCUUAUUCCCAUUAACAUCACCUCCAAGGUGGACUCUGAUGUGACAGAGGUGAUGUGGCAACCAUCUCUUAGGCGUGGGAGAGGCCUGGAGGCCCAAGGAUACAUUGUCAGAGUCUGGGACGCUGGAAUUUAUCUGCUAUAUAGCCAGGUCCUGUUUCAUGAUGUGACUUUCACCAUGGGUCAGGUGGUAUCUCGGGAAGGCCAAGGAAGACAAGAGACUCUAUUCCGAUGUAUCCAAAGUAUGCCCUCUGAUCCUGAGCGGGCCUACAAUAGCUGCUACAGUGCAGGUGUCUUUCAUUUACAACAUGGGGAUAUUCUCAGUGUCAAAAUUCCCCGGGCCAAGGCAAAACUUAGCCUCUCUCCACAUGGAACCUUCCUGGGGUUGGUGAAACUAUGAUUGUGCUAUAAAAGAUGGUUCUAAGCUAGGAAGACCAGUAUGGGUACACACUGCAGACAGCAAGAACUGGCUAGCUAGACAAAGGACAAAGAACACAAGCCUCUACUUGGGUUUGACUUUAUAACUCCUGUUCCUUCCCUUUCUGCCUUUCCCACUCCCUAGACUUCGACUUAAUGAAUAUUAAAAAAAGUAGAUGUUGCGUUUAUUUCCCA